AUGUCGAAACGGUUAUUUGUCAAGCUGCAGCGAUAUGGUUGUCGAAGAUAUAGUCAUGAAAUAACGCAGCAGAGGUUUAAAGAGACAAUGAGUCGAAUUUCAAGCCAGGCCAUGAUAUUAACCACCUCGAAUAUGAAGGGGGUAACUUUGGGUAGUGUUACGUCUUUAUCGAUAAAUCCCAGGCCGAUGGUUCAGUUUAAUCUACAGGUGCCGAGUUUUACAUCCCAAGAGAUACAUAAGAUGAAGAAAUUUGCAUUGCAUUUGAUGUCUCCCACGCAGCAUAGUGUUAAUAUGGCGAAGCUGUUUAGCAAGGGUGCUAUUAAGGGAUGCAAUGAUGAGUUUGUUCCGACCAGGCCUUUUGAUCUUCUUGUUGAGGGAAAGGAUUAUUUGAUGUACGAUGUGGAAUGCCGAGCCACGAAUCCAAUUCCAACGAUUAUUUGCGAGGAGGAUGCGAAGAUAGAUUGGGAGAAGGAUGAAGCUCUCUGUAAUGAUACAAAAGUUGAUGCCAAGUCAUUGAGUCUUCCAAUACUUACGAGCGCGGAGAGAGUAAUCAUUUGUGAGAGCAUCCGUUGUUUUCAAGUAGGUGAUCAUGAGAUAUGGGUUGGGCAGGUAGAAGAGAUAUGCUCACCAGAUAGCGGUCGAGUAAAUGAAAUCAAUAAGGAACAAAAGACUGGUGGACUAGUAUAUUUCAAUAGACAGUUCUACAAGAUAGGAAAUCCGAUUGUGUAG